AUGGCCUCAUCGUGGUUGCGUCACGUCCGGCUUUCCGUUUGCACCGUCAAUAAUUGGGCGCUAGAUUUCAAAGGGAAUCUCCAGCGUAUUCUCAAAACUUGCGAAGAUGCCUACAAUCAGGGAUCACGAUUAAGGCUUGGCCCAGAGCUGGAAAUUUCUGGAUACGGAUGUGCCGACCACCUUUUUGAAAUUGACACGGAGAUUCAUUCGUGGGAGGUCCUAAAGAAGAUCGUGGACAGGUCAAAAGAUUGGCCAGAUCUUUUGGUAGUCACUGGAAUGCCUGUUCGUCACAGAAUGCUUCUGUACAACUGCCUCGUAUCACUUUUGAACGGGAAAAUUCUGCUAAUUCGUCCAAAAAUGGCUCUAUCCGACGACGACAUUUACCGGGAAAGUCGCUGGUUCGUGCGGUGGUCCAAGCCUUUAACCACUGUUCCAUUUCAACUCGAUGAAAGUAUCGGUUUUGAACAGAAAACAGUCCCAUUCGGAGACGGUAUUCUGUAUUCGAGCGAUAAUGUUGCGAUAGGCUUCGAAAUCUGUGAGGAACUCUGGGCAGCUCACUCGAGACAUGUAGAGCUGGGAUUACGUGGAGUGGAUAUCAUAUGCAAUGGUAGUGGUAGCAUACACAUCCUUGGAAGGUCGAAUUACCGGAUCAACCAGCUGAUCCUUGGUGGAAGUCGACAGACAGGAGGUAUUUACCUGUACGCCAACCAUCGUGGUUGUGAUGGUGACAGGGUUUACUACGAUGGAGCAUCUUCUAUCGCUCAAAAUGGAAAACUGUACGCACAAAUUCGUCAGUUCGAUAUCGAAGAUACCUGUGUUGCGACAGCGGUAAUGGAUCUGAACAACACACUUUCGUAUCGUAACAAGAACUCUAGCAACUGUUAUGAGGUAUGCGAAAGCGUUGCAAAUUGUUUAUAUGGUGGCGAUGACCCUGCUUAUUAUCUGAAUGGAGAACGCGUUGGUGAAGAUCCCGCUGAAUUAUGUCACAAGCUUUUCUUCACAUGCUAUAUGGCAAGUGAACACUCCUCAGCCCAAACAAGGGCAUGUGCAGAUGGUUUAGCAAAGGACAUAAACAGCCAUCAUUCCAGCAUGUAUAUUGACACGGUUGUAUCUGCCGCUCUGUCUGCAUUCAAACUGGCCAAAGGUUUCAUACCCAGUUUUGAUAGCAAUGAUUCUCGAGAAGGAUUGGCUUUACAAAACUUACAAGCAAGGAUCAGAAUGGUGUUCGCAUAUUUAUUUGCACAACUCUCUCUUAUAACGGAGGGACGACCUGGUAGCCUUCUCGUGCUGGGCUCAUCUAAUGUCGAUGAGUUACUAGUUGGUUACUUGACAAAAUAUGACUGUUCGUCUGCUGAUAUAAAUCCCAUCGGGUCAAUUAGCAAGUCAGAUUUGCGUCAGUUUUUGCGCAAAGUCCAUGACGACCAUGGCAUGAAGUCGUUGAAAAUGAUCCACGAUACUGGAGAAUCGGCAUCAGCGGAAGGAUCCUCGAUUCUGUUCCAACUGCGGAACUCCGACCUCUUGUGGAUGGGACCAUUGCGCAGACAGAUGAGGCUAGUUUUGCGAAGUUUUUUUUGGUUUUCACUGAGUUCUAGCAAGUUAAUUCAGGGUGAGCUAGGUCUGACCUACGACGAACUGUCAGUUAUUGGACAGCUGAGGAAACCGCGUUGCUUAGGCCCUUACGGGACUUUCCUCGCCCUUUGUUCUUUGUGGUAUCCUAAAUAUUCAUAUGAGGAGAUCGAGAGCAAAGUAAAAAACUUCUACUGGCGAUAUCGUGUGAACAGGCACAAGGCAACAGUAGCAACUCCAGCUUAUUACACGAAUUGGUACAGUCCCGAUGACCAUCGCAACGAUCACAGACCGUUCUUGUACCCUGACAUGGAGCACCAGUUUGAGCUGAUAAGGGCAAAGGUAAGGACUUUCAGGCUAGCUUCAUUGUGA